AUGGCAACUUUGAUUGCUCUAUCAACGCUGUUUUUGGUUACUGUAGCAUCCUAUGUUACGGCGGACAGACUUGAGUGGCUAGAAGUUGAUCCGUACGUGUCUGAUUUGAGCAACCGAACCCUGCGUGUGGUCACUCUCGCUGCGGAUGGCUUCGUCUUGAUAUCAGAUGUGGACAAAGACGGGAACAACGUCACGGGAAAUGACCGGUUCCGUGGAUUUUGUAUGGACUUGUUCUCAUGGAUAUCUGCUGAACUCGGGUUCAAGUACGAGUACUAUGAAGUCGAAGAUGGACAUUUCGGUGUCUACGACUGGAAAACAGGGAAAUGGAACGGGAUGAUUGGUGAUGUGUUGUAUGGGGAAUGGUCAACAUGA